AUGAAGGGCGCUCUCUGCUGGGUCGUCGCCGGCCUGCAGCCUCUCCUCUCCGCGGCCUUGUCCAUCGCCGAGAUCAACGGCAACAAGUACAUCUCGGCCUACAACGGCCAGACCGUCAGCGACGUCACCGGUCUCGUCACUGCCAAGUCCUCUGCCGGCAUCUACAUCCGCUCAACCACGCCCGACGACGACGAGGCCACUUCCGAGUCCAUCUAUGUAUUCAGCAACACCAUCGGCAAGACUGUCAACGUCGGCGACAUCAUCACCCUGGGCUCCGCCAAGGUUGCCGAGUACCGGUCCUCCAACAUGUACAUGUACCUGACCGAGCUCACCAACCCGACCGGCAUCACCGUUGUGUCCAGCAACAACACCGUGACUCCCUUGGUGAUCGGCAAGGACACUCUCCCUCCUCCCACCGAGCAGUUCACCAGCCUCGACGGAGGCGACAUCUACAGCGUCCCCAACGCUCAACAGAACAUUUCUGCCGUCAACCCUGUUCUGAAGCCCGCCCAGUAUGGCCUCGACUUCUGGGAGUCUCUCACCGGCGAGCUGGUCACCGUCAAGGCACCCACUGCCCUCAAGAUCCCCAGCAGCUACCGCGAUACCUGGGUCAUUGGUGACUGGAAGGUCACUGGCAAGAACGAUGCUGGGUCUCUCACCAUGAGUGCCAAGGACUCCAACCCCGAAACAAUCAUCAUCGGCGCCCCCCUCGACUCCACCAAAAACCCCACCACCACCAAGCUCGGCGACCUGCUCGAAGACAUCACCGGCGUCGUAACCAACACCUUCGGCUUCUACACCAUCCUGCCCCUGACCGCUCUCAAGAUCAAGACCCCUUCUCCCCUGACCCCUCCCGCGACCACCUUGGUCUCCUCCGGCACCUGCAAGGGCCUAACGGUAGGCACCUACAACGUGGAGAACCUAGCCCCGACCUCGGCGCACAUGCCCAAGGUCGCCUCGCAGAUCGUCACCUACCUCAAGUCGCCCGACCUUUUGUUCAUCCAGGAAGUCCAAGACGACACGGGCGCCACGGACGACGGCGUCGUUUCCGCCAACAAGACCCUCACCACUUUGAUCUCCGCCAUCAAGACGGCCGGCGGCCCGACCUACGACUUCGUCACCAUCGAGCCCGUCAACGACCAAGACGGCGGCCAGCCAGGCGGCAACAUCCGCACCGCCUACCUCUACAACCCUUCCGUCCUCACUCUCUCCCUCAAAAACGGCGGCUCCAACCCCGGCUCCAGCACAGACGCCAACGAAGUCCUCAUCGACUCCCUCACCGGCGCGCCCUCGCUCAAGUACAACCCGGGCCGCAUCGACCCGUCCAACGCCGCGUGGGAAGCCACGCGCAAGCCGCUGGUGGCCGAGUGGAUCGCCAAGGACGGCAGCAAGUCGUUCUUCACUGUGAACGUGCACUUUUCUUCCAAGGGCGGCGGCACGAGCGUGCACGGCGACGUGCGCCCCCCUAUCAACGGGGCGGUGGAGAAGAGGACGGAGCAGGCGGAGAUCACGGCGAAGUUUAUCAGCAAGAUCUUGAAGGCCGACCCGGCCGCGAGGGUCAUUGCUGCCGGUGACUUUAACGAGUUUGCGUUUGUUAAACCCUUGACUACUUUUGCGAGCGUGAGCGGAUUGAAGGAGCUUGAUGAGGCGCUUAAUACGCCGGUUGAGAAUCGGUAUACUUACUCCUACGACAUGAACGCCCAAGCCCUCGACCACAUGUACAUCUCGCCCGUGCUGGCCUCUUCCAAGAGCAAGUUCCAGCACGUCCACGUCAGCUCGUGGGUAGCUGCUUCUGCCGUCGUUUCGGACCACGAUCCUAGCGUUGCGCUGUUUGACGUGUGCGGAUGCAAGGCCUCCUCCAAGAGGAUUUCCAAGCUUUAA